CUGUGUCUGAUCUCCUGCAAUGGCUUGAGAUUAUCCGGGAUACCUGCCUCAUCUCUCCUAUCUUGCAAGUUCCCUCUCCAGGAUUGUCUCUACGUGAAUGUGCAUGCUAGAUGACUCUAGAUGCUCUUUUCACUCCCUCUGAGGUCAGCACAUACAAUUCUUGAUGACUGUCUAGAUCAAUAGAUUCUGUUACGGUUGAAUGUGGAGUCUUGUUUCAGCCUACUGACUAUCUGACUAUCUGACUUCUUGCUGGACAGAAUUACUGCUUUUCCUUCAAGCUCACGCCUCAAUUGGACAGAUCACUAGAAUUCACACUCUAGGACCGGGCUCGAGCAUGUGUGACUUGCCAAACACGUGGUUAUCCGUCUCCUUGUUGAUAAAAAUCUCCUCAUAGCCCACUACCCUUUCAAAACCUCUUCCACAAAGAAAUCUUCUCAGACAGGAGUUGGUGGGCUUCAUCUUCAUCUCACUUGCCUAAGGCUUCCCCUACUGCUCAUUCUCCCAAGCUGGUGCUCAUUCACUGUUUUCCAACGACCUUGCCGGGAAUUUCUCCUUUGUUGCUGCCCCAAUGAGCGAGUAGGUCACUGGUUUCUUCAGGCUCGACAAAAGCUGACCUCGUUCUUAGCCACGAAGGCGAAGGCCUGGACCUCGACAAAUGGGACAAUGCCAGUCUUCCAGGCUCCGUGUACUCUUUUGGCGCCAGUACCGUCCGUGGGACAGGACUCUACUCGCACCAGGCCUCUAACCCCUCUCACCUGUCUCUUCAAAGGGACCCCUCUCGACAAAACACCGAAAGCGCGACUACCCAACCUCGAAACCAACCGUACGGUCAUCAUCCCAUCAGAACUAGUCAUGGCCUCUAUGGAAGAUCGCUACCCGAGACAGCUGCACUACGACAGUUUCAGCGGCAUGAUCCGCCAGCAGACCGCUACCAGCUGGGACUCGUCUGGAACAGACUCUGCAUGAUGGCACUUCGGGCAGACCUAGGAGCAGCCAUGGUACAUCCCCGUGCUAAACUUCGUGAGAUUAUGAUAUCUACUAGCACAUUUCUGAAGGAGCCUUUGAGAGAAAGCACCGAAAUUCUGAUCUGGGGAGACCAAGAUCAGGUUGCGAAAGCAAAAGAAGCGCUUCGAGAAUUUGAGGUUCACACUCGGUCGGCCCCAAAGGCAAAAUCAGACGCAUGGGCCAGAUCCAAUGCUCUAGACGGUCGUGCAGAGCAUCGUCAAGCCCGUGCAGAGCAGCAGAGAGAGCUCCACGAUGUCUUGCUCAGGGAAAACUUUGAAUUUCCAAUUGAGGCGUACAUUUUGUGGCCACAGGACUUGGAUAUGGAUGUUUUCAUCGCAAAACACAUGACUACAAUCGAGGAGUUUCAGAAGGAGUUCUUCUGCCGCAUCACCCUCACACAAUCUAAACACAAGCGGCUUGACAUUGGCGCCCAGAAGAGGGAACACCUCGACAUAAUCUUUCGCCGACUAACAAAUCUUGUCCGAGAAAUGGUCGCUCACCGAGAUCAAUUGGUCAAAGUCAAUCUCAUUCAUCACCCGUCAAGCAAGACUUAUCUGGAUCAGGUUCGCUUGGACAAGGAUGUUGUUACAAACUUGUUCCUACCGACACUCUUUGGUAAUCCAACUACCCGUGCCGAAGAGUGGGACAGUCUUCAGGACGAAAAGCGCAGUCGGGAACGUCGGAAAACACGGAAGGCACUGGAAGAGUGUAUCAAGGGCCUCCGAGUUUCUCAGUGCCAUGUCCGAAUGAGAGUCGUAUUUGGCGAGCUUGGAUUCAGUCGCUUCCAGAAGCCGGUGAAUGGGACUGACGGGUAUUCAUUUGACGAUUUCUCCCGAAUGUUGACAGAUAGUCGAACCAAGGUCUUGCUAAACAGCUUGCCAGGCCGACAGGGAGACGGCAUGCUUCUCGCCGACGCCAUCUCCUCCCUCGGUGCAUUCAAAGACCCUGUCAUGACCUAUGGGGCUUUCUUUGAUUUCCAACCUUCCAAGGGUGCGUUCGAUCGACUUCGACUGGAAUGCAUCUCCAGCGAAGUCAGAGAAGACCCUAAUGACCUUGAGGUGCAGCAGCAGCGGUGGAUCACUUACGGUGAGAUGGUGCAGAGACUUCAAGUCAGCAUCUUUGAUUUUGAAGCGCCCGACUAUCAAAUCACACUUGAUGCAUUCCCACUGCACGACGACAAACGCGUGAGCCAGGACAUGAAGAGUUUUCAGAAUACAGUCGAGUUCACUCCUUCUGCAGGGGGUAUGAAGUCCAGCCCGGUGCGUCGCGUGAGAUUUAAGCCCAGGAGAACUGCACUGGAGAGUGUGUCCGACAUUACGGUGAUGAGAUGGAGAUUCAAAGAUACAGAUGGCAUCUUUGAGCUGCGGAGAAAGGAUACGUUCGACACUGAGGGAGGAGCACUGCCAAGGGAGCCUUCGAAGUGGCACGCAUUCUACUACUACCAAGAGUGGGACAAUCUAAUGUCAGAAUUGGCGAGUGCGCGGCCUGGCGAGGAGGUAUCAUGGGGAAAGUCGGUGGCGACCUUCUUUCCAGAGAAUGGAGAAGACGAGGGAUUGGCAUUGCCCAAGGGGUUCCAGAGCUUCAUGGAUGAAGUAGAAGACGUUCAGAGACUUUUGGCCGAGGCGAUUUCGAAGCUGGCCAAUGAACCUUAAGACGCACAACAAGGAAAGAUAUCUUCAGUCUUGGAGCUGUGAUGUUUAUUGCUUUUGCAAUUGAACACAAAGUGGCACUUGUCGCUCAGGAGCUGACAAAGAGAGCUAGUGAGAGACACCAGCAAUGUCCAUCUGCAUCAACAACGACAUUCAACCAACUGGAUUGUGAUCGAUACAGAUGCUGUCCCUGGAGCAUCCAUAGAUCAUUAGACUUGAGAGAAAUGAAUGAAGAAUUAUGAAU